AGGGAGGAAGAGGAGGGCAAAGAGGAAGAGGAGGCCAAGGUGUAAGAGGAGGGAGGAGAGGUAGAAUGAGGGUAGGGUACACGCGUGUUUCAAAUGAAAUCAGAGCCACACUUAUUGACCAUGUCAUAAAUCAUGGUCUCUCACUGAGAGAAGCUGGCCAGAGAGUUCAGCCCAACAUAAACAGAUCCACAGUGGCUUCAAUUAUCCGUACAUUUCAGAGGGAAAACCGAAUUGAAGUUAGAGAACAUUCAGGUGGACGAACAAGACUUUUUUCAGUUGAACAAGAGCAUGCCAUUGUUGACAUGGUGGUCCAGAACAACACCCUCCGCCUCAAAGAAAUUCAGCAAAGAAUAACACAGGACAAUCAACUGUUCCACAAUAUCCACCAAUGCAGUCUCUCCACAAUUGACCGUGUUCUAAGAAGAAAUACUAUCCGAAUGAAGCAAGUAUACAAAGUGCCCUUUGAGAGGAACUCUGUUAGAGUGAAGGAGUUGCGAUUCCAGUUUGUUCAAAGAAUCUUGGAGUUGGAUAGCAGUGCAACUCAUUAUGAGUACCUGUAUAUUGAUGAAGCAGGCUUCAAUCUUCAAAAAAAAAAAAGGAGAAGAGGGAGAAAUGUGAUUGGCCAUCGUGCUACAGUCAAUGUCCCUGGACAACGAGGAGGCAACAUCUCUCUCUGUACAGCAAUUUCUACAACUGGUGUUGUGGCACACAAUGCUGUCUUGGGACCAUACAACACUCCUACAUUUUUUUUUUUUUUUUAAACCUCCUCAAUGAAAUCCUCUUUCCGCAGGGUGAUCAGGAGCAAAUGGUGCGGAAUUUUGUUUUUGUUUGGGACAAUGUCCAAUUCCACCAUUCAGCACUAGUGCGAGAGUGGU